AUGUCUCGCAAGGAGGCUUUCAAGUAUUACAAGGCGGUUGGUGAGGAAGAGUCUACCAUCUCCUCGAUUGACAGCGCAUUGAAUAGCUUUACUUUCUCAGCCGUAUUAGUAAGUUGUGCGGUUCUGAAGAUCGUCCUUCAGAAUGUUAAAAAUACUACCGUUUUGACCGGGAAUUCUUUCGUAAAAGAGCAAUUUCUUGUCCAGUUCAACACCACCGAAGGUUGUCAUUUUGGGGAUUCUAAUUUUGGAUUAGAGUUUUUUGUUUUACGUGGCGCUCUGUCAGAUGAGGCCGUCAAAUUCCUCUAUUUCAACGCCCUUCUUUAUUGGCCUACAGAAAGCUGCUCGAGGUCUCAUCUUACUUCCAUACCCGAAAGUAAAAUAAAGUGGCUCGAUAAUUUCUUGUUGAAGUAAUUUUGACUUCGGAUAAUUUACCGCAGGUCGGAUUCGAGACGGUCUGCUCUUGA